AUGUAUGAAAUUGAUAAUCCAAUUAGAGAUUUAUCUUUAAUCAGUAAUUAUCAUCUGAAUUUAGCGGAAUUACGACUAAGUGAAGAAAAAUAUAACAUAAGGAAAAGUUUUUUGAAUGACGAUAAGCAAGUAAAUGAAUUAUCGACUCAACCAUUAAAGGUUCAUGAUUUUGAAAUCGAAAAUAAAACUGAAGAAAUAUUAUUGACUCAAUCAUUAAAGUUUCCUGAUUUUGAAAUCGAAAAUAAAACUGAAGAAAUACAACCAUCAAAGGUUCUUGAUUUUAAAAUCGAAAAUAAAACUGAAGAAAUAUUAUCGACUCAACCAUUAAAG